UUUUCUUUUCUUUUUUUUUUUUAGACAAUGGCGGAAGCUUUUAUUGGUUUUCAGGUAUCACUUAUACUACACUCUGGCAUCAAGCUUGGUGGAACUGUUGCACACAUCGAUCCAAAUGCACAGCAAAUGACACUCAAAGAUGUAACACUCUACUUUCCUGGACAAGCUUCUCAUCGCACUCCUAUUUAUGGCGUUAUUGGAAAGGACAUUGCCGACUUACAAAUUGUACAAAGCUCGAGCAAAAACAACACCCAAGAUUCCUCUCAGCAUUGGCAACCUCCCAUUUUACCUGUAUCUUCACUCUCUCAACCUGUUAACUCUUCUUCCCAGUCGUUACGCCUUCAUGAAGAUUCUAAAUGUACAAAUAAUUUAGACCAAUCUGUUGCAAAUAAGACACCUUCAAUGACUUCUAACACCACAACAACCACAAUAGUAUAUUCUUGUGACGAAGUGUUACAACCUUCUAGAUCAUUGCCACAGAAACAACAUAAUCAACCUCGACCUCAAGAGAAUGGGAAGGUCAAUGGGCAUGUCAAACCAACCAAGUCAAUGUCUUGUACAACUGAUAGAAAAUCUAAGCAACAAUCGAGACAACAUCGACGACAAAACGUGAACGCCAAUGGAUGGGCUGAUGAAGAUGUUAAUGAAUUCAAAGAAGAAGAAUUCGAUUUUCAGGCUAACCUGGAUAUGUUUGACAAGGCCAAAGUGUUUGCAGAAAUCAGGGAAUUUGAUGAAACUGCUGCCGAAACAUUAUUAGUUGCUUUGAACAAACUCCCUCCAAAAGCAUUAGCCAAACUCACACCGAAGAAAGUGAAUUUGUUACCUAGUGAAAAUGUAUUAGAUAAAGUCUCAACACCAAUAGAUAGCGACGAUAAUGAUGACGGUGGUGGUGGUGGAUGUGGUGAUGAAAGCGAUAAUGAUUCUGAAACAACUGAACAAAAUCGAGGUCAACAACAUCACGGUAGGAAUAACUCGUCGACAAUGAAGAAAUCAGUCAAAAUCGUUACUGCUGUUGAUGGUACUCCAUGUCCUCUAGUAUCUCCCUUACAAAUGGCUCAUGCUGAACACGAAUGUUUAUCUGUUAUUGGACUGAAUGAAGAUCAAAUGGUUGAAAAUGGUGGUAGAGGGACUUAUGAAGUGGCUCUCAAGAUUUUAGCUAAUGGAAAGUAUGAAGAUAACAACGAUCGUUUAUUGAUAUUGGUACUUGCUGGCAACUCCAAGAAUGGUGCUUAUGGAUUAUCUACAGCUCGACGAUUACUCAAUCAUGGAUAUAAUGUCGUUGUAUGUAUGGUAACUGGUGAAAAUUCCAUUUGUGCAGUGACAGAGCGUCAAAAAGUGAUGUUGGAAAGGAUAGGUGGAAAGAUUUUAUAUGAUGUUCAAGGUCUUUCACAAACACGUCGACCGGAUUUGAUUAUAGAUGCAAUGCUAGGAUCUCAAACGAAAUUAGUGGAUUUACAAGAUGAAAGGAUGGCUUAUCUUAGUAUAUGUGAUAUGAUUCAAUGGACCAACAACAAUAGUAGAACACCUGUAUUGAGUAUUGAUUAUCCAAGUGGGGUGGAUGCAAGUACUGGUCAACAUCAUCAUCCUAUACAUUACAUUCAACCUCAUUGGACAGUAUGUCUUGGUGCGCCAAAAACAGGAUGUAUUUCUACAAAGGUGACAGGUGAACUUUACAUGGUUGAUCUGGGAUAUCCUCGACUCUGCUGGAAAAAGGUUGGAUUGAAAAGUCUUGCCAUACCUUGGGGUGCCAAUUUUGUUGUUGGUUUGAAAUAUUUAUAGUUUCUAUCGAUCUUAGAAUAAACUUACUUAAAAAUAGAACCUAUUUAAUUUAU